AAACAUAUUCAUAGCCGCAUGUACUUCGGUAAACUUCCUCAAAUAUGCCGUUAAGCCAUUAACUUCCUCUCUGAGGGGUGAACACACUAACUUCCUACAGACUUCAGUAACCCACAUCCACAGCAGCGGGAUUACAUCUAGAGGAGCAUCUGCUAUGUUUGACUGCUGAAGUUUAGUGCUCACCUUUGUAUCAUGCAGAGCAUCAAGUGUGUGGUGGUGGGAGAUGGAGCAGUCGGAAAAACCUGCCUGCUCAUCUCCUACACGACUGGAGCAUUCCCCAGAGAGUACAUUCCCACCGUGUUCGACAACUACAGCUCGCAAGUCAGCGUGGACAGCCGCACCAUUAGCCUCAAUCUGUGGGACACAGCCGGCCAGGAGGAGUACGACCGCCUGCGUACGCUCUCCUACCCGCAGACCAAUGUCUUCAUCAUCUGCUUCUCCAUCUCCAGCCCCCCAUCCUACGAGAACGUCAAGCACAAAUGGCACCCGGAAGUGACGCACCACUGUCCCAGUGUGCCCAUCCUGCUGGUGGGCACCAAAAGCGACCUCCGCAAUGAUGCAGAUGUGCUGAAGAAGCUCAAGGAGCAGAAUCAGGCACCCAUCACGCAGCAGCAGGGCCAGGCUCUGGCUCGACACAUCCACGCCGUCAAGUACCUGGAGUGCUCUGCACUCAACCAGGAUGGCAUCAAGGACGUGUUCGCAGACGCAGUGCGUGCCUUCCUCAGUCCACAGCCUGUGGUGGCCAAGAAGCACUGUGUACUCCUCUGAUAAUACAGAGUAGAUAGAGGUAUUUUAAUUGAAUUACACAGAGAAAUGCAUGAGAAUGUUGUAGAAUAGUAGGUGUUCUAUAAAUGGUGGCCAAGAAACUCAGCUUUAAAGCUGAAGUAUGUAAUUUCUGCACCACCAAAUGGAGUUGCAAAAAUAAACUUUUUCAAUUAUAAACAGUGUGGAAGCUGUUUCAAAACAGCUUUCUGAAUGUAAUUGUGUUUGUACAGAUGGGUCGCUUUAAAAAAAUUUCAUAGAGCUAUGGCGACACAGUGCUUACAAUUUUCGAGAAAAUAAACCUACGAAUAGCUUACUUAUAGUUGUCUCUGCAUAUUAAGCUAGGAUAGGAGAAAGUAUUUUAAUACAGAAAAAGUUACAUACUUCAGCUUUAAAGGAAUAGGUCACCCAAAAAUGAAAAUUCUGUCAUUAUAUACUCACCCUAAUGUCACUCCAAACCCGUAUGACUUUUAUGAACACAAAAGGUAAAUAUUUAAAAAGUCUUCAAAGGGUUUAUUCAUGUAAUGUAAGUGAACAGUAAUUCGAAAAAGGACAACAAAACACCAUAAAACCACCAUAAUAUUAAUCAGUACUACUCAUACGCUACAAUCCAUGUCUUCUGAAGCAACAAUCACUUUGUACAAUGAAUAGAAUGAAAUUUAAGUUGUGGUUCACUCUCGAAUGAAGCUAUGUCGAUAACAUGAAACCUUGUUGUUCUCAUUGCGUCUCGUGACCAAACGUCUGACAUGACAUUACAAGCUUUGGUCAUGGGAUCAGUCAUACGGGUUAGCAGCGACAGAAUUUUCAUUUUUGUGUGAACUAUGUUUAACCUGUGACAUUGGUGAAAUACGUAUUUAAGUAAACUAUCAAGAAAAAAUAUAUUUUUGUUUUACACUAUGCACUGAGAUCCCCGUUGAAGGCAUAGAAAUAGUCAGGCCAACAGACAUGUUACCAGUCUGUUUGUCUAUCUGAGGAAAAAUCUGAACGUUUCGAAACUUGAAAUAGGCAUCACUUUGGCAUUAGUUAUUUUUAAUUUUUUUCCCUUUAAUUGAGCAAAUAAUUGUGGUUCUACGAUGAUAGAAAGAAAGAAACAUCUAGAUGCUUUGGGAUUUCACCGUACUUCUAAACAAGUUUGAUACAAUCUACUGGUAUUACAGGAACACAAAAGAUGUGAUGUGAAAGAAGAAGAAGAAGAAGUAAAAUAAAACCACUUUAAAAAAAUGGGCGAAGAAAUUUCCAGAUCCUUUAAAGUGUCUGGACCCUAAUUAAUAAAAUGUUAGUUAUUUUUUAUUAGUUAUUUUAUGUAUUAGUACUAAUAUAAUAAAGCUUUUACGCCUGUG